UCACGUGAAAACCCUAACCCAAAAUUCACAUGGCGUCGAGUCAUUUUCCCACAAAGAUCACCCUCAUCAUGAGAAAGCAGACAAGCUCCACCCAGGGGCUCCCUUCUCUUUUUGGAGUUGCUGUCUCCCUCUCUCUCUCUCUCUCCCCUCCCCCCCCAUUUUUUCUGAUCUUGUAGGUGAGGAUCGACGUCGCCGUUCAGGGGAAAAACAUGGGGAUGGAUGGGGUGGUCCUGGUUGUGGUCCUGGACAGGACAGGAAGGAAGCCGGAUUACCCACACAAAGGUUCGCUAGGCUGUCGCUACUCUGGCUAUACAGGGCCACCCAGGGGAUGUGGCCCUCUUGGGCUCUUGGGGUCCAGUCGUGCGGUCACGGUCGUCGCAGUUGGGGCUGCGAUGUCGCGCCCAUGUCACGAUCAUGCGGCGGUGCGGCAUGAUGCGUGCCCAAUUGUCUGUGUAUCCGUCGUGUUAUGCAUGUGAUGAUGAUUGGAAUUGCAACUUGCAAGGGUGUUCGAUCCUGUGACUGUCGCGUGAUGCUUUGAUUUAUCUAGAAAGCAGGACGUAUGUUAUCAAUUUGAUUGCGUGUUCGGUUGUAAAGAUGUUAGGAAGCAUGACAUGAGUAAGGGAUGGAUGCUUAUAUCAGUAGAUUUGGAAUUUAGAGAAGUUGGGAAACUUACGAAGAAUUUUUUGGUUGUACUUGAUAAUGAGGAGGAGGAGUACCAAUGGUUGUGCUAAUUGGAUAGCAUCGAUGUUGAUGACCAUAUGUGUCCUAUAGAUUUGGACAUUGUCACACCACGUUAAAACUAGACCCCUUUGAAUUAGAGGUCUCACAUAGUCACAUGUCCUAUGUUUUUCGUUGUGACAAAUGUAUCGAUUUUUGGCUAAAUAAAAUAAAAAUAAAAUUCAAUUUGGCUAAAGAAUUAUGAAAAUUGGGUUAUUUCUCUUUAUUCGAGAACAUAUCUUCCUCUAAUGAACCAUUCAUGGAACUUUUUCUUACUGUUCUCACCAGCGAAUACUGAGACUCGUUGCUCGGUUCAUAAUAUGAUUAAGUAAUCUGGCUUUUGAUAUUUUUAAUGUAGUCGAGCUAUCAACUUCGCUUGAUCCGAGCAAUUAAAAUUUCUAAUCGUGAACUUCGUCAUGGUGACUUCACUAGUGACAUUAGCAGUCUUUAAUGUUCAAAAAUGUCGAAACUAAUUACUUUGACUAACUGUGAUUUAGUUCGGUCAAGUAAAAGGCAAAGGAAAAUCCACGAAAAAGAAGAAGAAGGAACAAAAGAGAGAACAAAAAUGCAGGGGCGAGAGAGAGAGAGCCCAUUACUAUUAGGCCGUGAAGAAUGGGCUUUUCUCAUGUCGAUCGGCGUCGCGGAGCAUGGAAUUUCUCCGAGACUAAGACGGGCCAACGAGGACGCUGAGAGCCCACUGGGCCGUGAGAACCUGCAAAUUCCGAGCCCACCCGUCGAAGAUCAGUCUGCUCUGAGGGAAGCAGAACUCGUCUUCUUCCCCAAGGUCGUGGGUGUUGUUGUGGGGAAGUCGUGAAUGUUGAGCUUGAGGAUGAUGAGCCAUGCAGUGGGCCUUCCUUCUCCUCCUCCUCCUCCUCUGCACCUCAACGGCAAUUCCUCUUCAACCGCAAGUGACUGCGUCGACAUGGCGAAAACGAGUGUGGCGGGUUACAAGUGGCGUUUGGUGAUAGCAUACGACGGCACCCACUACGCAGGCUGGCAAUAUCAGCAAUCUCCACCCACCAUACAAUGUAUCAUGGAAAAAGCUUUGACUCGAAUCACAAAGGUGGAAAGGGAGGAUCUCCUUCUGGUUGGUGCAAGCAGAACAGAUGCAGGAGUUCAUGCCUGGGGUCAGGUAGCACACUUUGUCACACCUUUUAAUUAUGACAGCUUGGAUCACCUCCAUGCUGCUCUUAAUGGUCUUCUUCCAUCUGAUAUCCGUGUAAGAGAGAUUAGCCCUGCAGUGCCUGAAUUUCAUGCCAGAUUUUCCGUGAGAAGCAAGAUUUAUCACUACAAAAUAUACAAUGAUACUGUCAUGGACCCAUUUCAGCGGUACUAUGCUUAUCACAGUGCUUACAAGCUAAACCCAGAAGCAAUGAAAGAAGCCACUAAAUAUUUUAUUGGAAGACAUGAUUUUUCUGCUUUUGCAAAUGCAUCACGCAAUGAUCGAGCACCCAAUCCUGUCAAAAAUAUAUUCAGUUUUGAUGUCAUUGAAAAGGGACCUCUUUUACAGAUAGAGGUUGAAGGUUCUGGAUUUAUGUAUAGACAAGUGCGGAACAUGGCUGCUCUGCUUAUACAAAUCGGAAAGGAAGCAAUACCUCCUGGUAUUGUUCCCAUGAUUCUAGCAUCUCGGGACCGGAAGGAGUUAGCCAAAUAUUCGUUGUCUGCCCCACCUCAUGGGCUCUGUCUUAUAGCUGUCAAUUACAUUGAAAAGCACAUGCAGCUUCCGUUAGGUUGCCCUCCUAAGAGUUUGGGAAGGAGUCAUACCAUCAGCAAGUGCAAGCUUCCGUGCUACUAAAGGAGCCAGAUUUUUUGUUCGAUUUGCUGGUUGAAGUGGUGACAAGCAGACGGUGAUUUUUGCUUCAAAAUGAAAAUUUGAGGUCUUGUCAGUUUGAUGCCAGCUGUUGACAAUUGAAAGCUAAUCUCCUGUGGAUAUUUUGAUAUGUCCUUUGGUAUGCUUGAUUAUGUACAGGUUUGACUCUGGCGGCUGAUUUCCGACGUUGUGACCUUUUGCUAGUAUUAACUUUGCUUCGCAUUCAAGUUCCUUAUUCAUUGCUACUCGGGAUUCUGAAAGCAAACAAGGUCAAGCGAUGACUCCUGAUUUAUUCUACAAUGCUGUUCUUGUAAUUCAGAGAGGGAGGGAGAGUUUGAUAUUGUUGUCUGGAUAAGAAUGCCUUUUGAUAAUGUAUCAGAAUAGAGAUAUUCAGUUCAUCAAUAUCAUUGUGCAUGGUGGUGGAGGAA